AGCCAUUCUGGGUUAGGCACUGGCCGAUUCAGGGACCAUCGGGCCGCGCGCGCGACCCCCCGCUCUCCCUCGCGUUCUCCAUGCGGUGCUCCCUCUGCUCGGCGAUGGUUUUUGCCUCGCGACUCCGCUGGUUCGUGCAACAGCUGCAGGGUGGGCGACAGUGUCGGGUGAAGCUAGACACUCAGAAAGAUAAGUUGGUUCUGCAUGUGGUGCUGCUCGAGGCCACCGAUGCGCGGGUGCAGACUUUCUCCGCGAUCGAAUUGCUGCAGCGCCUUGAAGCGAACAUCCUUCAGUAUGUGGUGACGGACCAUGGGCACAGAGGAUCCUCAGGUGACUCUUACAUCAGCACAUGCCCGCCCAUCAACAGGCUGCGGGCGCGACUGCUGUAUCACCAGACCACGACAGAGGCGAUGACGACGACGAGGGCAGAGGGGGCGAGCGCGGUGACGGUGGCGGUCCUCCUGGUGGUCGAGAUGGCCGUCCCCGGCAUUUCGGCGGGCUUGGUGCUCGUGAUCUGCCUCGUCCGCGUGGCGCCGAUCCGCGCCACUCUGGUGCGGGAGAUGCGUGGUCUUCAGCUGGGCCUCCGCACAACGUUCCUCGACGGCGUGGUGGUGCACUGCCGACGGUGCCACCCUUUCCCACUCAGUGCCGCCGUUCCCUUUCAAAUUAAUCGUGAUCAUCUUCCCGUUGCUGCUGGCCGUCGUGCGGAUCUACUGGGACAUCAUGCGGGCCUUCCUGGAGCUGAGAGUCGCCCCUUGCUUCCUGAGGCGGAUCUCGCAGAUCUUCAUGGCGCUGAUCGUCUUCACGUUCGUGGGCAACCGUCUGACGGUGGUGAGCAUCGCGGGCCGGUCAUUACUUGUCCCUGGCGCUGGUUGGCAGCCCUCUCGGGCGAAAGUCGCGGCACUUUUUCAUGAGCAAAUCGAAGCGAUAGCUUCACGUUUGGAUGUGGCCCUUCUCGCAGAGAUAUGAUGACACUGCUCCUUCGAGUCGGGCUGUGCGGUUCUCACCUGACACAGAGGAAUUGGCGGGCCUGGAUCACGCGUAGACGUGUUGUUCGGUCUGUUCGAGGGAGUGGCGUCGGUGGUUUCCCCGCGAUUGCGGGAGGCACGGCCUGGCUGAUAGCGCGGGCUGCUCUGUCACAGCUGACGCCGCACACCUCUGCUCAAUAGUUUUUGCUCGCUGCUCCUUCCGAAGAAAUGGCUUCGGUGGUCUACCUGCGUCUUGCGGGUGGCACGGCCUGGCUGAUAGCGCGUGCUGUGUGUUCACAGGUGACGCUGCACACCUCUGCUGGGGAGCGGUUUCGGUGGUCUACCCUCGUUUUGAGGAUGGCACGGCCUCGUGGGUGGCGCGCGCUGUGCUGUCCCAGGUGGCGCUGCAUACUUGUGGCGUGAGCCGUUUCGGUGCUCUCGUGGCUUUCCCGACCGAAUCCAGGUCAAAGGUUUCCAUUGGCUGCUAUUCAACGGAUUUGUUUUUAUGGACGAACUGUCGUCGACGUUGCUUCGUUG